AUGUUUUCCGCACUUAAAGGGCGCUUACAGCAAAAGGAGGUUGCUGGAGUUGCUAACCCGAAAUCAGGAUUGUCAUCAUCAUCUGUGAAACAGAUUGAUGGGGGAUCGCUUUUGCCUUCGAAAGGUGCUAACACUCAGGAUAACUCAAAGUUCGAGGAUCCUUACACAUUGUCUGUGAAUACCGCUCUGAAUAACCGCAAGAGAGGGCGGGAAAGCACCACAGCUUGUGAGGAUUCUGUCGAUACGCUUUCACCCAAAUUGGCUGUUAGCGCACCAAAAGGCACUAAGGAUGCGGACAGAGCAUCGUCACCAGUACAAGCACAUGAAAGUGUACAAACUGAUGGAUCAGACCAGUUACAAAAGCAGCCGCGAUCUGAUUUGCCUGAGAAGGAUUCAACCCUUCGUCUUGCUACACCCUUACCUUCACUUUGUCUCUUUAGUGAAGAGGAAAUUGUAUCCCAACGAAACAUUGCCUUGCAUGCCUUAGCCAUGUGCAUGCGCACCACAUCGUAUUUUUGGAGUUCAAGCAAGUCUAGUGACCAUAAUGGGACUGUUCCCACUCCACCGAAUUUGUGGAGACUGCCUACUUGUGUGGAGUCAUAUCUUUACAAAGUUUUCCCAGGAGGCGAUCUAAAUGCAAGUCUAAAAGGAAAGGAUGAUGCAUCCCUGGAUGCAGGGGAAUUCCAGCUAUUGGAAAGCGUGUGUGAGGAAUUAGGAACUAAACAGGAAUCUGUUUCACUAGUAUCGCAUAGUCGUAUUCCCACUACAGAAAGCAUAGAGGUUGCCAUAGUUACCGAAGGUAAACCAAGAGGUCAGAAUGCAGAGUAUUUCUAUCAGUUAGCACAUCUGAUCCAUACAAUAUGGUAUCUUAUUGCCGCACAGUGGCGACAUGCAGUGCUGGGUGGCGCAUCGAGUGAUGCAGAGUUGUCUCGAGAAUCAUCACCUAGUGUCGGCUGGUGUUACCUAGUUUAUUUACAUGAACAUCACAUGCUCCCUGAUGCCAUCAAGUUUACAAAGGGCUAUGAAGUGGCAUUACAGCUUGAAGCUUGGAGAGGGGCGCAGCGAGUCCGUCGUAGCGCACUGGAGCUUCUGGCGUUGCUUUUAAAGGACUACCGCUCCAUGUCUUAUGAAGGCAAGGCAUUGUGUGACCACAACACUGCCACCCUAACGGCUCCAAGUGAGUUGAAGAAAUCCUCACAGAUUAAUGCGUCGUCUGCAUCUUCCUCUCCCCAUGAUUUCCCGAAAGAUGGGUAUCUAGUACCCGCUGAAAUUCGACAAGGCUUGGAAGACAUGAUAGUUAAAAAUAUACAGAAUAAAAGAAAUUUUACUGCGGCGCGACAAGUGUACACGGAUAUGACCCUUGGAACGGCUAAUUGGAAGGUGGGAUUGUUCUCGGCCGGUGAGGUUCACAUGCGCCGCUCCAUUGAGCGUGUAGAGCGCAACCGUAUCAUUCACCUAUUGAAUAAUGAGCGCGCCAUGCAGAUGCUGCACAGUAUGAGAGAGCUUAUGAACGUAGCUGAAAAAACUUUAACUCCAAGUGAGCGUGCAGAUUUUUUUAUCUAA